UCCAGGUUCAUCCAUCAUAUGUGAACCAAAGAAACAACAGAGCGUUUUUGCGUUCUUCAUCUUCUACCUUUCGCCAAUUCAGGAACCCCCAAAAACCCUAGAUCGAACGCUGCCACCAACGUUUCGUUAUUCACGGUGGUGGAAAUUUUCCGUUCUCUGUUUUUGAAAUUCGAAUAUCUGCGAAAAUUCUAUUCGCUGUGAUUUCAAUUGCAGUUUCUAGGGUUAUUCUGUGUGUCUUGGGGGGUUGGAAAUGGGAAGCAGAAAGGAAGAAGAGAAGAACGAGAAAAUCAUAAGGGGUCUCAUGAAGCUUCCGCCGAAUCGAAGAUGCAUCAACUGCAAUAGCUUGGUAAAUUCAACUACUUUUUUGGAAUUUGGUUUUCUUUUCUUCUUUGGUUUGGUGAAAGUGUGUUUUAGUUUCAUUACUUUUAUGUUUUAUCGUUUUUGUGUUUUGUGCUAUGUUGGAAGCUUAAAGUCUUAAUGGGCUUUGAAGUGGGGAUAGUUAUUGAGAGCUGAGAAAGGGACCGCAAUAUUCGUGAAUUUACCCAUCGUGUGAAGUCUGUGUCAAUGGCUAAAUUUACUUCACAAGAAGUUGAUGCUCUUCAAAAUGGAGGUAAUCAGCGGGCAAGGGAAAUAUACCUGAAAGAUUGGGACUUCCAAAGGCAACGGUUGCCAGAUAACAGCAAUGUUGAAAAAAUAAGGGAAUUUAUAAGAAGUGUAUAUGUAGAUAGAAGAUAUUUUGGAGUGAAGUCUUCAGAAAAGCCUCCAAGAGACUCACAGAGCCCAAGAAUUCAUGAAGAUGAAAUUAGACGUGCCAGUUCGUAUCAUUCAUAUUCUCAAAGUCCUCCAUAUGAUUAUCAAUAUGAGGAUCGACGGUAUGGAAAACAAGCAGCUGCAUUGACUAGGAAGCCUGGUUCAGAUAAAGUUCGCUAUGAAGGGAAGAUGUCUAGUAUUAUCUACAGUCCUGGGCGCUUUAGUGAUCAUGCAUAUGAUGACAGAUUUGCAAAUGAGGGAUCUGGUCCAAGAAUUUCUGACUUUUCUGUGUCUAGUGCUGGUGACCAAUUCAAAUCUGAUGUUCAUUCUCCCAAUUAUCAUAAGGAUAGUGGGAUUAGCAGUCCUUCCAAUCAGGGUUCUGGUUCCAGUUCAAGUGAAGAUGUGUGGUCCCAAGCAAGAAAUACAUCUCUAGAAACCAAUGCCAAUGUCAAUGCCAAGAGGGAUGCAGAUGGAAUCCAUCCUCUGCAGAGAACUGCAUCAACACAAUCAACAGACAGAAAAUUUUCAUCCUUGAGAUCUUAUCAUUCUGGCAGUUUAGUUGAUUUUUUAUCAGAACCAGUCCAAGCUUCAGAAUCCCUUCAGAAUAAAGCAUUUGGAAUUCCAAGACCAUCUGGUCCUACAAGAUCUACUAGCAUGGACCUCUCCAAGGCACCACUGGAAUCAACUUCAUCUGUUGAUCUUUUUCAGUUACCAGAAGCACCCUCACAAGCUCCAUUAGUGGAUCUGUUUCAAUCAUCUGUUUUGUCUGAAACUCCGUCUUUCAAUGUGAAUCAACUUACUCAAACAUCCCAACCUGUAUCUGUUGACCUUUUUGCAGAUCUUUCUCUGCAGUCUUCUACAGUAUCCUCAAAUAAGAGCUCCCUAGAGUUAUCUGUUUCUAAAAAUGAAGGAUGGGCAACUUUUGAUAUGCCUCAGGGUACAUCAUCUACUGCACAAGUGGAAAAUCCAGCCACUGUAACCUCAAGUGCUGAACCUUCGCAGGAAAGAUUUGAUCCAUUUUCAACCUCAAAUCCAAACAUGCAAUGGCCAUCUUUUGAAUUUUCUAGUGUCAGUGUACCUUCUUCAGUAACGUCUAAUUUAUGGCAUGAUGGCUUGGGGAAUAGGAAAGAACAAGGUUCUGUUUCAGCAACAAACUCUCAACCAUGGAAUGCAUUUGAAGAUUCUGGUGGCGAUCUUCCUGUGGAUGCCCAUAGUCAAGAAUUACAAAUGCACAAUUUUCCAUCAGCUGAUAAUCGAUUUUGGGGUUUAAGAGAGGCUGAGGGAUUCAAUAAAGAUGUAGUUCAAGGUACUGCCCCUAUUGGUGGAUUUGAUAAUCAUGACAUACCAUCACAUGUCAGUGGCUCACCAUAUCCCCUGCCACCACUUCCUCCAAUGGGAGAUAUUCAACAAAAUGUAGUCAAUUUUAAAUCAACUAAUCCAUUUGAUUAUCCCUAUGAAUCUGAUGUAGAUCACAACAAUAUGUUUGUUGAUAUGAGCUCUUUGCAAGCUGCCCUGCCAGAUGCCCUGUUGCCAGCCACCUUACGUGGUGGUAUAGCUGAACCUUGGCUUCCUCAAAAUACAGUGACCCCAUAUAUUUCCUCUGCUGGAGAAGGUGGUUUGUCAUUCAUGGCUAUGCAGUCUCCAAGUUCUCAAAUACAGAAUAUCCAAACACCCGAACCAGUUGCUUCGUUUGGGGGAAAUCCAUUUGCAUAAAAUCAUUGUCUAGAAUGUAGUGUUGCUUUCAUAUAGUAAUUUAUUGGUAGCCAGUUUAAGAUGCUCUUGGAAGUAAUUAAAUGCUUUGUUAGAGCAAAAUGUAGUUCAUCACUUCCCCUCGAGGAGGGCCUUGCAAUUCAUAGGCCGUGUUAUAUUCAGGCCAUGCAUUUGUAAUACUGCAAUUGAGUUACAUUAUAGUUAGAUAACUAAUGUUUAAUUAAUUUUCUGGCUGGUAUUGAACUUCACCACUCAGGAGAUUAUGGAGGGCAUUCCACUCUGUUCAUAAUUGUAAUGUAAUUGUAACUGUAAUUAUUAGGGCAUCUGAUGUUGCGCCUGCCUACCCGAUAUAAUGUAUAAUGCGGGUAACAUUGUUAUAAUCAUUAUUAUGAUUUUGGUUUU